GCGGCCCCGCCCGCCCGUCCGCUCCGGGGCUCGGCGCCGGGGACGGUGAGCGGGUGGCGGCGGAGCGGUGCCCGGGCAGAGCCGGGUCGUUGCCGCCUCCUACGGCACGGCACAGCGCGGCCCCGCGGGCGGCAGGCUGGGAAUGGAGUGUGUAGUUUGGAUGUCAGCAGUGGGACACCUUGCUAAAACAGAGCAUCCAUGGGACUGUUGUCUAAUCAAUGACUUCUAAGUGCAGGAGCUGUUAGAUUGGAAACAAGUGCUACAAGAUGCCAAGUGAGGUGCUUGAGAGCAGCAGUGGGAUGGAGGAGACCAUGCAGAAAGAGAGCAAGUCUGGAAGCCAGAGCCCUCACCGUGGCUCCAUGAGAAAGGCUGUGGCAACCACUGUCACCUUUGAUGGGGAAGCCACUAUGGACCGGAGGAAAAAGAAGAAGAAGGAGUCCCGUCCCGAGUCAAUAAUAGUGUAUCGGUCAGAGAAUGAGAAUAAAGUGGAAGAAGAACAGGCAGAUGAAGAAGGAGGGGAGAGGAGAUCUGAAGAAGGCUCCAAGUUCCUGGGUCAGUCUAUGGCAGAAGGUGUCUGGAACAUGCCUUUAGACAGCCGAUACGUCACUUUGACUGGAACAAUCACCAGGGGAAAGAAGAAGGGUCAGAUGGUGGACAUCCAUGUCACACUAACGGACAAAGAGCUGCAGGAACUGGCAAAGUCAAAGGAACCUCCUAAAGAGGACACACCUGAGAAGAAGAAGAAAUGUGAUGUCGGACUGGACAGAGGACCCCACAUCGUCCUCUGGACCAUCGUCUGCCUUCCUAUCAUUUUUGUAGUGUCCUUUGUGGUUUCAUUCUACUAUGGAACCAUUACAUGGUACAACAUCUUCUUGGUGUACAAUGAAGAGAGGACCUUCUGGCACAAAAUCACCUUUUGUCCGUUUUUGAUCAUCUUCUACCCAAUUAUAAUUAUGGUUGUGUCUUUUUCCCUAGGCCUGUACUCAGCUGUAGCCCAGGUAGCAUGGUCCUUUGGGUACUGGUGGCAUGCUGUCAGGGAUAUGGAGAAGGGCUUCUGUGGCUGGCUCUGCAGCAAGCUGGGUUUGGAAGACUGUUCUCCGUACAGCAUUGUUGAGCUGCUAGAUUCUGACAAUAUCUCAGGUAGUCUCUCUGGCAAGAGCUCUGCGCAGGGGGUUGAGACCUCGGCACUCUGAGCUUUUGUCCUGGAUGACUAUUUUGGUCAUAUGUGAGUGGUUUUCACCUAGAAAA